AUGGCAAAAAAAUUAAAUAAUAAAACAAAGAAGUUGGUACCCGAAAGUUUAAAUGAAAAGACAGAUAAAUUGAUAAAGGCGGAUACCGAUAACCAAGAGACGGACAAAAUUGAAAAAGUUUUAGAAGAUAAAGGCCAAAAUUCGUUUAACAUUAAAGAACAUCAGAUUCGACAAGUACGGCUGAAAAUGACUUGCGAAAUGUUGGCAGGAUUAACGAAAAAGAAAUACGAACACGACCGAAAAUAUCGCGAGGAGUUGGACUGGAAUCACCGUAUACAAUGCGACGGAACGCCCAACCCGAGGGUAGUGCAAGAAUUAAAUACUUAUCUGUUUGUCUGGAGAGAAAUGUACAAAGCUGGUGACAACCGAGACACUUAUCUGGCCAAGUGUUUGGAAAUAUUCAAAAUCAUGGACGCUGUAGACGAUGUAGUGGAUUUGCCGCUGGACUUCAGUAAGUACCAACUUCAGUGUUUCCGAGAAGCUAGGGACAAUUUAGGAAGAUUGCUAGUAGAAAUCAUUUACGACACGAGUUAUCAGUUACUAAGCGACUACGAACUUCGGAUGAAUCAAAUAGACUUGGAAACUGUAUCGUACCAGCAGUUAUGCGAUGCUUUUGCUAUUGGCCUGUAUGCUGUUUGCUAUAAGCCUAGACUGAUGACGGACAACCGAGAGGCGCCCAAAUGUGAUUUUCCUGAUAGCCUGGUGUCGGUCGAGGUGCCGGCUCAUCUGUCACAAACUUAUAUGGCGGUGAUGGCACUGUGGCUGCGUUGGGACCCGUACACGGAUAGAAUGUUAGCCUUCGACGUUUCUCUCUCACCAGACUUAGACGAUCGAAAUCUUCAUCAGUUUAUGGCAGACAAGUGGGACGCGAGAGAACAGCUGAAAAAAGACAUCGAAAAAGAAAAAGCUAAAGCGGAGAAACAAUGGUGGAUGGCCAAAAUGGAAGAGAAGCUCAAAGUGUUUGCGGACGUAGAUCGAAGCCAUUAUCCGGACGACCUCAAAACAUAUUUGGCCGAGAAAGAGGGCAAGAGUACGAAAAUAAACGUGCCGUAUACGAUGUCAGUAGACGAAAUUGUAGGCGACGAAGCAGAAGAAGAAUCGCAAGCUGAAGAACACGAAGACCGCGAAGAACACACUAACCCGGAGCCAAAAGCGGAACCGAUCAAGGAGAUUGAAACCAAAAUAACUAGUCCAAUUUAUAUUAAAAGGUCUUUGAGCGAAGAACUCGAAAAAAUCAAAUUCGAACAAAUUGAAAAAGUGGCGAACUCUUUGAAAUAUUUAGAAAAACCUAACGAACUCAAUCCUAGAAGAUAUUGGAUAAUCGGAGGUGCUUUUACCGUUGAAAUGUGGAAACUGCCAAUGCAGCCAGUACAACACAAAGACGGUACCGUAGUAGUUCUGAUCAUUGGGUCAUCCGCACUCCAACCCAUAGAAUAUUUUGAAAAGUACGAGCCACUACAGUUGUCUUCGAUAGUUUUUUCUUCGACAUCCUCCGAGGACGAGGAAACAGACGUAAAAAAACAAAACCAAGAAGCUCUUCGCAGGCUCGUCCUGAUAACGAUUAAAUUGCCAGAGAACGUGCUUUGGUUUGAGAAUCCGAAGCCUGCCAUGUGGAAUGAAGAGAAAAAAGUCUGGACUACAGAUAAUAUUUACGACAUCAGGUUCAACGAGGAAAAACAGACGGUAUCGUUUCGAGCGGGCCGUAUGGGCUCUUUCGGGUUAGCCGUCAAUCGUUAUUCCAACUUUCCGUUUCAGUCAUGGGAAAUACGGCCGGAAGGAACGACCGCCGAUGCCGGCGUGAUACUUUCAAUAACGGCGGCCACAGUACUGGUGGAGUUUUCUGUGCGCGGAGACCACGCGGCCAUGGUGCAACUGCAGAACGCUACCACAGUCGCUCUGCAGGAAAUCGUUGGCACGUACUAUAGACCGGACAGACUGGUUCGCAUGUUGCACAGGGGAGGCGUUAACCUGUUCCCAGCACCGGACGCCCGGUACUACGUGGACGGCAACCGGCCACCGAAACACGCGGUGGUCGAACGACAUCUCUACCACUGUGCCGCCGCUCUGAGCAACAGCCACCAGUUCACUGCAUCGCGAUGGAACGUGCACGUGGGCCCCGACCGGAUGGUGCUGCAGAUGAAAGAAAUAGGCGAAGGAGGCCCUUACAAGAUGGUGAUGGUCACGCCAGAACGGGCCGUGUUCUUAAAGUGCAACGAGGUGAGCCAAGCAUUCUCCGAAGAACCAGAGCCACGGUGUCCGUUUGCCCCAGAUCUGUACUCAUUGGUAGAAGACACCUGCCCGGACGAUGUCAGUGCCAAGAUUAUCGAUGCCGAUUACAAAACCGUUGAAACGCUGUAUUUUUUGAUGGACAAAAUUAAAUUUUUAAGCUAUUCAUAAUAUUUUAUCGCUUACAAAACUAUUUUAAACCUGACCAGUUUGGGAAAAUGUUCACAGUUUAUAUGUUCAUUUAUUAAAGGAAAAAUUGUAGGUAAUAGCGGAUAAAAAACUUGUUUAAAUCCAUUUUAAUCGUGUCAAAUUAUUUUUAGAUUAAAUUGUAUUAGGGCUGAAACUUUCGACAUCCGAAUUUACACAAAAUAAUAGAUAGCUUGCAUAUUAUACUUAAUGCAAGUACUAA